CUAAAUCUACAGCUAUAAUAUGUAAACACUCUGAAUUGACACUAGAUGCAGAACAGUUUUAAUCUACACAGGUUGUUUUAUGACGUUAUGAGUUGCCAAUUUCCUGUAAGUGAAGUGUGUGCUGAUACAGGGUUUAAUUUCACACACUGAUGUUGGAGUGAAGAAAACGUGUGUCCUGCUGUAAUCUGGAGAAGGAGACAUGACCUCCAACAUGAGUGUGUCUGGAAAACAGGACUUAAAGAAAGAUAAGAGAAUGAUGGAGGGAAAGACAUCAGACUCUCCAGAACCCAGUUGUGUGUCCAUGAAAAGUGAUGUGUCAAUGGAUCAUCCACUUGAGUUCAGAGACAGAGACAGUUCUACUGAUUCGAUACCACAAAAGAAGAAAUCAAACAGAAAUCAGUUGGAUUCCAUAUUCAAGGAGCUGGAACACAAAGUCAUCACACUGAUAAAGAAUGAGCUAAAGAGGUUUAGAAAGCUCCUGAGUCCAGAUUACCCAGCAUGCACUGAGAGGGAGAUGGAGGAUGAGGAGGAUCUGCACAGUGUCAGAGAGGGAGCACUGAAGAUCACACUGCACGUCCUGAAGAACAUGAACCACACAGAUCUCGCUAACACACUGCACAACAAGCUGUACCCAGUCGUUGCAUAUCAGCAAAAAUUAAAAUCCAACCUGAGAGAAAAAUGCAAAAGAAUUAAUGAAGGAAUCUCACAACCUGGAAGCUCAGCACUUCUGAAUGAGAUCUACACAGAGCUCUACAUCACAGAGGGUUGGAGUGGAGAUGUCAAUAUUGAACAUGAGGUGAGACAGAUUGAGACAGCGUCCAGGAGACCCGUAACACAGGAGACACCCAUCAAAUGUAAUGACCUCUUUAAAGACAAGUCCAUCAGAACUGUGCUGACUAAAGGAGUUGCUGGAAUUGGAAAAACAGUCUCUGUGCAGAAGUUCAUUCUGGACUGGGCUGAAGGAAAAGCAAAUCAGGAUGUCUUCUCCAUGUUUCCACUCCCCUUUAGAGAACUGAAUUUGAUGAAGCAGAAAAAUCUCAGUCUGAUGAAUCUUCUUCAUCACUUUUUCCCAGAAAUGAGAAAACUAGAACUAAUAAACUCCUACAAAGUGGUGUUGAUCUUUGAUGGUCUGGAUGAGUGUCGACUUCCUCUAAAUUUCCAGAAGAAUGAGAGAUUGUGUGAUGUGACAGAGUCAGCCUCAGUGGAUGUGCUGCUGACAAACCUCAUCAAGGGGAAUCUGCUUCCUUCUGCUCUCCUCUGGAUAACCUCUCGACCAGGAGCAGCCAAUCAGAUCCCUCUUGAGUGUGUAGACCUGGUAACAGAAGUACGAGGGUUCAAUGAUCCUCAGAAAGAGGAGUACUUCUGGAAGAGGAUCAGUGAUCAGAGCCUGGCCAAUAAAAUCAUCACACACAUGAAGUUUUCAAGAAGCCUCUACAUCAUGUGCCACAUCCCAGUCUUCUGCUGGAUCUCAGCCACUGUUCUAGAGAGAAUGUUGUGUGAAGCAGAGAGUGGAGAGAUCCCCAAGACUCUGACUCAAAUGUUCACACACUUCCUGAUCUUUCAGAUCAAACACAAGGACCAAAAGUACCAUCAGAAAUGUGACCUUGAUCCUCAGCAGACCAGAAAGAGUAUCAUGGCACUGGGAAAACUGGCUUUCCAACAGCUGGAGAAAGGAAACCUGAUCUUCUAUGAGGAGGAUCUGAGAGAAUGUGGCAUUGAUGUCACAGAAGCUUCAGUGUACUCAGGAGUGUGUACCCAGAUCUUCAGAGAGGAGUUUGAGCUUCACAUGGGGAAGGUGUUCAGCUUUGUACAUCUGAGUGUUCAGGAGUUUCUGGCUGCUUUAUACACAUUUCUCUUCUUCAUCAGCAGAAAUAUAACACAACAACAAACUACUGAUCUGUCUGAUCUUUUCAGCAAGUCACACACGUCUGAUUUCCUCAGGAGUGCAGUGGACAAGGCCUUACAGAGUGAGAAUGGACACCUGGACCUGUUCCUCCGCUUCCUUCUCGGCCUCUCUCUGGAGUCCAAUCAGACUCUCUUAAAAGGCUUAAUGCCACAGACAGGAAGCAGCUCUCACAGGAAACAGGAAACAGUCAAGUACAUUAAGGAGAAGAUCAGGGAGAAUCCGUCUCCAGAGAAAUCUAUCAAUCUGUUUCACUGUCUGAAUGAACUGAAUGAUCAUUCUCUAGUGCAGGAAGUACAAACUUACCUGAACAGAGGAGAUUAUGGGUGUCUCACGGGAACCAGACUCUCUCCUGCUCAAUGGUCAGCUCUGGUGUUUGUGUUACUGAACUCAGAAUUGGAGAUAGAUGAGUUUGAUUUACGUAAAUAUGAUACAUCAGAUGAAUGUCUUCUGAGGCUGCUGCCAGUAGUCAAGACCUCCAGAAAAGCUGUGCUGCGUCAGUGUAAUCUGACAGAGGAAAGCUGUAGAGGUCUCUCCUCAGUUCUCAGCUCUAAAUCCUCCAGUCUGAGUGAAAUUAACCUGAGUCACAAUAACCUGCAGGAUUCAGGAAUAAAGCUGCUCUCUGCUGGACUGGAGAGUCCACACUGUACACUGGAGAAACUGUGGGUGUGUGAUUGCAGCUUUACAGAUGAAGGUUGUGUUGCUCUGGCUUCAGCUCUGAGGUCAAACUCCUCAACAAACAUAACUGAACUGAAUCUGUAUGAUAAUAAAAUAGGAGAAUCAGGGAUGAACCUGCUCAAUGAUCUACUGAAGGAUCCACACUGUAAACUGAAGACACUAUACAUUUAGUCAUAUUACUGGACCAGGACUGAUGUAUGACAGGAGUCUCACCUCAAAUCCUUCAGCAUCUACACAGAGCACAGAGAUAUCACAUCAUCACAAUGAUUACACAAAUACGCAUUCAUUCAUUGUAGCUAUUUAGAUCUCAUUUUUGUAACUCCUUAUUUGUAUUUGUUUCUUCAGUGUGUUGCUACUCAGCAGCAUCAUUAUCUGAUUUUACGUGUUUUUCUAUCAUUUUGUAUAUAAUGUCCCCACAAAGCUCUCUGUUAACCGGUCAGUCUACAUUCCUAUCCUUACUUAUGGUCAUGGGUAGUCAACUGAAGUGAUUUGGGCACCUUACAAGGACACAGCCUGGUCAGCUCCAAGUAGUCUGGUUUCAGGUACAUCCCAUAGGACUGAGACCCCAGGGCAGACCCAAGAGAUACUGCACCUCAAAUUUGCCUUGGGAAUGGCUGGGGAGGAGCUUUAACCUGUGGCUGCAAAUAGAGAAGUCUGGACUGAUCUUCUUGGCCUGCUGCCACUGCAACACAACUCAGGAAAAGUGGGAAGAUAAUAAAUGAAUAAAUAUAUAUCAUAUAUAAUCUUUUAAUAUACAAAAUGUACAUAUAAAGAUGUU